AAAUGGUUAUUAACUAGUUAUUACGGAUAAAAUGGCGAAUUGGAAAGUAGUAGGUGGUUUGGCUGGCCUAAGUCUCAUUGGCGUGGGAGCUGCUGCUUGCUUCUAUUGCAUUGGCUACAAGCAAGGAAAGAGAUCAAUUUCCCGACCAGUUGGUAAAAGCUACGCUCAAGCUGACACUUCCCUAACUCGCUACAUUAAUGAGCACAACCACGAGGACCCGGUCCUGGCAGAAUUACGCCAAGUCUCGCUUCAACACUCUGCAGGACGGAUGACCUCUUCACUGGAGACUGGUAGACUCUUGACUGUAUUAUGUACCUCACUGGGUGCUACUAAAGUCAUAGACGUGGGCCUCUUUACAGGCUGCAGCUCUUACUCCAUGGCUAAAGGGAUGAAAGAUGGCGGGCGUGUAAUAGCUUGCGAUAUUAAUUCCAAUUAUGCCGAUAUUGGUAGGCCUUUUUGGGUCCAAGGGGGCGUCGCGGAGAAGAUUGAGGUACGUUUGAAGCCAGCUUUAGACACCAUCCAAGAACUUCUUGAUGCUGGAGAGGGUGAGACAUUUGACAUGAUGUUCAUUGAUGCUUUUAAGAAAGAUUAUCCAAAUUAUUUCAAGAAAGGUAUGAGCCUGUUACGUUCUGGCGGAAUGAUAGUUGUUGAUAACGCAUUGUGGCAUGGGGCAGUUGCUGACCCGGCAAGCAAUAAUGAAGACACGAAUGCAAUACGCGAAAUAAACCGAUUGAUGUCGGAAGAUGAGAGGGUGGAGUUUGUGUUAAUGAAUAUCGCUGAUGGGCUAGGGAUCGCUGUAAAGAAGUGAUUGAACAAACUAUACUUUAUUUAUUUUGCUGAAAACUACUAAAAUUGCUUUAUUAUUGCUAAAAUAAAAGAAUUGCUAAAAUCUAAUUGCUAAA